AAAAUUUUUAGUUAAACAUCUACCAUCCACUGGUGACGGCAACUUCGAAAAUGGCGGAAAUCGAGACGUUUACAAAAAGACCUGGUACGACUGAUAGAGGAAAAGAAUACGAGGAUACGGUUCUCUCCAGUCUUCUACUAAAACUAAUAAACGACCCCACAGUAAAAAAUUUUCACGUUUCGUCAAACGAAGAAAAGUUUGGUGCGUUUGACGAUAUAGUCAUUAAAACUGAGUCGAAUACGGAACAUGAAAUACGAGUUAAAGCAGUACAGCUGAAGCACACCAAUACAAAAACACUAACCGUACAAAAUUUACGAUCAAGAAGCGGGCCGUUUAGUAUAAGCAAAUAUUUUGAAAGUUUUCGAGAGAUAGAGGCAGAUGUACAUGAAUUUAUAUUAUUUACCAACCGUCCACUUGUGUGUAAAGAGAAUGAAAAAUUUAUCCUUCAAAAGGAGAAAUUCCAUAUCGAACUAAUCGAAGCAGAAGAUAGCUUAGAGCUUUCCGAGCGUUCAAAAGUCUAUCAGUUCCGAAUAGCAGAAAACCCAUCGACCUUACUAGAUUUUCCCAUAAUUGAAGAAUAUAAGACAUUUUUAAGUAAAUUUUAUCUUUAUACCGACCAACACAAUCUUGAAACAAUGAAAAAUACAACAGCUUACAAUUUUAGUAAAACAUAUAAUUCGAAUGAGGAAAUUUUCGACAAAUUCUUCAGAUCUAUUUCUGAGUGGAGCAUUCAAGAUGGGAAGAAGGAAAAGCUGAACAAAAAUUGGGUGCAACUUGUACUUACUUUACACCUUCUCUCCUCUCAAACAGAGCCUUUAUCAUUUGGGUCGGUUAGUGACAAAAUGAAAAUAUUUAGAGACAGUAUUUCCUUAUUCGAUAUCGCACUAUUUGAAAAAGAAUCGUGCGACAUAGUUAAAACGCUGUGGGGUGAUGUUGGAAAAGAAAAAAACAUUGACUUUGAGGAAUUAAACAAAAUAAGAAAGAGAUAUCUACCUAGUGUCAAAGACAUUAAUGACGAUAAUAUUAGCGAUAUAGAUCCGAAGAUUCUUAGUCAUUUGUUAUGGUUCAUGGACGAAUCUCCAUUAAUAUUACGUAAACAUGAAAACGUCGAAAAAGGUAUCCAACUCUGUCCUGGCAAAAAGUUCAUUCUGGUUGGCGAAUGCAAAUAUGAAGAGUGGAUGAAAACGUAUUCUGUGUUCCAAAAUCUAUCAAACCUGAAUAGCAAACCUGAGCUACGAGACACAAUUAUGCAAAAUUUUACCAUAUCGAUCCAAGGAAAAGAAGAACUUAAUCUAGUUACUGCUUUUGGAGAUAAUGGGGAAUUUUUAGAAAAUGUUAGGACCGACGAUUUAAUAGAAAUGCUAAACGCUCCAUAUCCUAUUGACGGGGAAAAGGAAACACUUCCUGAACCUUAUGUUGAACGUUAUCUGUCUCGGAAUAUUGUAAACUUCACAUAUUUAGAAAAAGUCCACGAAAACACCAUUAUUAUUAUGAAUUGGGCGAAUAACUUUGACAUCGUUAAAGACAAACUCGACAAAUGUCAAUUAAUUGACAUUGAUAACUUUUUACAGAAAAAAAAUCACACUGCCGAAAAUCUAACAAAUGAAGCUUGUGUGCUUAAUUCUGGCCCAAAUAGACACACAGCUAAUUUUAACCUCAAUAAAUCGAGCUUUGCUAAUAAAGAGUUCGUUGGUCACCGGAAAAAAAUUCAAUAUGAUGAGUUUAAUAAUGAAAAUAGAAUUUAUCUUGAUAAAUCAAAGUUUGGUUUAACGAUCUAUGCAGGUAAUCGGCACUAUAAUAAUACUGAACUUCAACAAAUUUACAACGAACACAACGAAAUCAAACAGUUUCACUAUUUUCAACUUUUGAGUGACGGAAAUUUAGAAUGGGUCAAAAGCUUAGGCGAUGUUAGUGAUGUAGAGGUUUAUAAAUUGCCUGACAAAUAUUCUAUAGAGGAAAAUACGCUGUGGUCUUCUCGGUUAGAUAAUAGCAUCAAUCUUAUAAUUGGCGAUCCGGGAAUGGGAAAAUCGGAGCUAAUGAAAAGCUUCAAAAAUAAAUGUCCACCGAAAUUCUGGACAGUUAUUUUUAAUCCUAAAGAUGUUAAUUUUUUUUUUCAUAAUUCCAAAUUUUCUGAAACAAAUUGUGCAGCUUUAUUUGAAAAAUUUAUCACGAACGAAAAAUGUCGACCACUCAGAAAACUAGAUCGACUGUUUUUCGAGAUGUGUAUAAAGAAAAACAACGUUAUUUACGUGUGGGACGCACUCGAUGAAAUUUUAAAUGAACAUUUAGAUGCCGUUCAAAAUAUAAUUCUCGAUCUCUCAACAAAAAACUCCCGUCAGUGGGUUACUAGCAGACGAAAUUUAAAAACAACUCUAGAAAAAAAAUUCAAUUUGCUGUCACUUAGUAUGAAUCAAUUUAGUCAACAAGAGCAACAAGAUUAUAUUAGAAAACGUCUAAAUAAUUUUAUUUCUUCAGACAAAAUUGAUAUCACGCUUGAAAAAAUCGAAUCGUCUUUUGCCAUUGUAGAACACAUAGACAUCUUAGGAAUCCCAUUGCAAAUAUUUAUGCUCACCGAACUGUUCCGUGUAAAUAGCGAAAAAUAUUUUAAACUAAUGGAAAACACAUUUCUCUUGACUGACUUGUACGACUAUUCCAUUGACGAAAAAUUUAAUAAUUAUUACAAACACAAAAUUGGUUUCGAUUUUGAAAAUCCACAUCUCGCAAGUAGAAUUCGCCAAGAAAAACGAGAGAUUUUAGAUUUACAUGAAAGUGUGUCUUUUAUAGUAAUAUUUGACGAAAAAAUUAUGCAGCAAUUAAAUAUUGACAACGAAAAAUGCAUAGAAAAACUUCAACAAAGUUAUGCAUCUCUGGGUCUUAUAAAUGACUUUCAAAAUAAUGUUCCCCGUUUUCUCCAUAUUUCUUUCGCAGAAUAUUUAAUUGCUACAUGUUUAACCAAAAAUGUAAGUGAGUUUAAAGACAUAAUUACUGAUACAAUAUUCCACGCAAAGUAUGACAACGUUCGUUUCUUUUUUGACAUGUUGAUAGCUAAAAACUCAAAAGCUCAUAUUGCCGUGUUGUACAAAAAUUACGAAUUACUGAGAACAUACGACGACAAAAUAUUAAAAGGCAAAGAUGAAGGGGGUAGAAAUGCUUUACAUUUGAUUUCGUCGUGGGGACGCAGACACCCCCGUGUAACACUGACGGUUGUAAAUGAGGAGUAUAUUGUGCACGAAGCUAACAAUUUCGUUGAAAAACCCGAAACCGAAGCAUAUUUUGAAACGAUAACGUACUUGCAAGGAAAGAACGAUGUUAGGGAACGUGACGUUUUGCUAGAAACGACGCCUUUGACUUACGCCAUACGAAGUGAGAGUUUAGGAGCGGAACUGAAAUUACUUCAAAUAAAAAUAAAUGAAUUGACUAAAUUAUGCUCUACCAAAGACCUAAUAAAUAUACUAUUUUAUUGUGCUAAAUUUGGCUACGAAGACGUGUGCAAAUUCUUCACAGUGAGCGAGUUAAAAAACUUUUGGUGCAAAACGAAAGUUGUUACUGCUAAAGGAGCUAAAACGCUACUGUUGCUGGCCUGUCAAAACGGUAAUUUAAACAUCGUUAAAGAUUUUGUAAGGUGUGAUGCGACAGCACAUUGCACGGCUUCCCCUACUCGUCAUAAAAGCGUUGCCGAAUACUUGUCGACAGUCGACACCGAAAUCAAUCGCGCUAAUAAUGACGGUGUGACACCACUUUUCGUAGCUUCCUUAAACGGCCACCAAACAGUUGUCGAACACUUGGUGACAAUCGGCGCCGAAAUCAAUCGCGCUACGAAUAACGGUCUGACAUCGCUUCACAUUGCUUCCGUCUUAGGUCACGAAAAAGUUGUCAAAUACUUGGCGACAAAAGGCGCCGAAAUCAAUUGUGCUGUUUAUAGUUGUACAGCACUUUAUAUGGCCUCCCAAAACGGUUACAAAGAAGUUGUCGAACACUUGGCGAGAGAAGGCGCCGACAUCAAUCGUGCUGAUAAUGAUGGUAGGACACCACUUCACAUUGCUUCCUCCGUCGGUCACGAAAAAGUUGUCGAAUAUUUGACGACAGUCGGCGCCGAAAUCAAUUGCGUGGAUAAAGACGGUUGUACACCACUUCUAAGAGCUUCUGAAAAAGGCCACCGGAAAGUUGUCGAACACUUGGCGACAGCCGGCGCCGAAAUCAACCAUGCUGCAAAUGAUGAUUGGACACCACUUCACGUUGCUUCCCAAAACAAUCACCAAAAAGUUGUCGAAUACUUGACGAGAGUCGGCGCCGAAAUCAAUCGCGCUAAUAAAAACGGUGUGACACCACUUCACCUAGCCUCCUUGAACGGUCACGAAAAAGUUGUCGAACACUUGACAACAAUCGGCUCCGAAAUCAAUCGCGCUGAUAAUGACGGCUCUACACCACUUCACGAUGCUUCACAAAAUGGUCACCAAAUAGUUGUCGAAUACUUGGCGACAGUCGGCGCCGAAAUCAAUCGCGUUAAAAAUGACGGUUGGACAUCACUUCACGUAGCUUCCUUCAACGGUCACCAUAAAGUUGUCGAAUACUUGGCGACAGUCGGUGCCGAAAUCAAUCGCGCUGCUAAUGACAAUGUGACACCACUUCACCUAGCUUCCUUCAACGGUCACGAAAAAGUUGUCGAAUACUUGGUGACAAACAGCUGCGAAAUCAAUAGUACUGCUAAUGACGGUUGGACACCUCUUCACGUUGCUUCCCAAAACGGUCACCAAAAUGUUGUCGAAUUUUUGACAUCAGUCGGGGCCGAAAUCAAUCUUGCUAAUAAUGACGGCUCCACACCACUUUUCAUAGCUUCUAAAAACGGUCACCAAAAAGUUGUCAAACACUUGGCGACAGUCGGGGCCGAAAUCAAUCGUGCUGAUAAUGUGGGUUGGACACCACUUCACAUUGCUUCAGAAAAAGGUCACCAAAAAGUUGUCGAAUGCUUGACAACAGUCGGCGCCGAAAUCAAUUGUGCUCUGAAUGACGGCUGGACACCACUUCACAUUGCUUCCCAAAACGGCCAUGAAAAAGUUGUCGAAUACUUGGCAACAGUCGGGGCCGAAAUCAAUCAUGCUGUUAAUGGUGGUCAUACAGCACUUCACGUAGCUUCCAAAAAUGGGCACGCAAAAGUUGUCGAAUACGUGACGAAAGUCGGCGCCGAAAUCAAUCGCACUAAUAAAUACGGUGCGACAUCACUUCACGCAGCUUCCGAAAGUGGUCACGAAAAAAUUGUCGAAUACUUGGCGACAAUCGGUGCCGAAAUCAAUCGCGUUGAUAAUAAUGGUUGGACACCACUUCACUUUGCUUGCCAAAACGGUCACCAAAAUGUUGUCGAAUACUUGAAAUCAGUCGGUGCCGAAAUCAAUCGUGCUGCUAAUGGCGGUUUCGGAUUAUAUUACGUAGCCUCCAGCGCCAAAGAAGUUGUUGAAUACAUGACGAAAGUCGGCGCCGAAAUCAAUCGCGCAACGAAUGACGGUGUGACAUCACUUUACAUGGCUUCCGAAACGGGUCACCAAAAAGUUGUCGAAUACUUGACCACUGUCAGCGCCGAAAUCAAUCGCGCUAAUCAAAACGGUGCGACACCACUUUACAUAGCUUCCGAAACAGGUCACGAAAAAGUUGUCGAAUACUUGACAUCAGUCGGCGCCGAAAUCAAUCGUGCUUGUAGUAACGGUUUAACACCGCUUCACAUUGCUUCCCAAAACGGUCAUCAAAAAGUUGUCGAAUGCUUGACGACAGUCGGCGCCGAAAUCAAUCGUGCUUGUAGUAACGGUUUAACACCGCUUUACAUAGCUUCCGAAACAGGUCACGAAAAAGUUGUCGAAUGCUUGACAUCAGUCGGCGCCGAAAUCAAUCGUGCUUGUAGUAACGGUUUAACACCGCUUCACAUUGCUUCCCAAAACGGUCAUCAAAAAAUUGUCGAAUGCUUGACGAAAGUCGGCGCCGAAAUCAAUCGUGCUUGUAGUAAAGGUUUAACACCGCUUCACAUUGCUUCCCAAAACGGUCAUCAAAAAGUUGUCGAAUGCUUGACGAAAGUCGGCGCCGAAAUCAACCGUGCCGAUAUUGACGGUUGGACACCACUUCACAUGGCUUCCCAAAACGGUCCCGAAAAAGUUGUGGAAUACUUGACAUCAGUCGGCGCCGAAAUCAAUCGUGCUUGUAGUAACGGUUUAACACCGCUUCACAUUGCUUCCCAAAACGGUCAUCAAAAAGUUGUCGAAUGCUUGACGAGAGUCGGCGCCGAAAUCAAUCGCGCUACGAAUAACGGUGUGACACCACUUCACGCAGCUUCCUUCAACGGUCACGAAAAAGUUGUCGAAUACUUGACAUCAGUCGGCGCCGAAAUCAAUCGUGCUUGUAGUAACGGUUUAACACCGCUUCACAUUGCUUCCCAAAACGGUCAUCAAAAAGUUGUCGAAUGCUUGACGAGAGUCGGUGUCGAAAUCAAUCGCGCUACGAAUAACGGUGUGACACCACUUUACAUAGCUUCCGAAACAGGUCACGAAAAAGUUGUCGAAUACUUGACAUCAGUCGGCGCCGAAAUCAAUCGUGCUUAUAGUAACGGUUUAACACCGCUUCACAUUGCUUCCCAAAACGGUCAUCAAAAAAUUGUCGAAUGCUUGACGAAAGUCGGCGCCGAAAUCAAUCGUGCUUGUAGUAAAGGUUUAACACCGCUUCACAUUGCUUCCCAAAACGGUCAUCAAAAAGUUGUCGAAUGCUUGACGAAAGUCGGCGCCGAAAUCAACCGUGCCGAUAUUGACGGUUGGACACCACUUCACAUGGCUUCCCAAAACGGUCCCGAAAAAGUUGUCGAAUACUUGACAUCAGUCGGCGCCGAAAUCAAUCGUGCUUGUAGUAACGGUUUAACACCGCUUCACAUUGCUUCCCAAAACGGUCAUCAAAAAGUUGUCGAAUGCUUGACGAGAGUCGGUGUCGAAAUCAAUCGCGCUACGAAUAACGGUGUGACACCACUUUACAUAGCUUCCGAAACAGGUCACGAAAAAGUUGUCGAAUACUUGACAUCAGUCGGCGCCGAAAUCAAUCGUGCUUAUAGUAACGGUUUAACACCGCUUCACAUUGCUUCCCAAAACGGUCAUCAAAAAAUUGUCGAAUGCUUGACGAAAGUCGGCGCCGAAAUCAAUCGUGCUUGUAGUAAAGGUUUAACACCGCUUCACAUUGCUUCCCAAAACGGUCAUCAAAAAGUUGUCGAAUGCUUGACGAAAGUCGGCGCCGAAAUCAACCGUGCCGAUAUUGACGGUUGGACACCACUUCACAUGGCUUCCCAAAACGGUCCCGAAAAAGUUGUCGAAUACUUGACAUCAGUCGGCGCCGAAAUCAAUCGUGCUUGUAGUAACGGUUUAACACCGCUUCACAUUGCUUCCCAAAACGGUCAUCAAAAAGUUGUCGAAUGCUUGACGAGAGUCGGUGUCGAAAUCAAUCGCGCUACGAAUAACGGUGUGACACCACUUUACAUAGCUUCCGAAACAGGUCACGAAAAAGUUGUCGAAUACUUGACAUCAGUCGGCGCCGAAAUCAAUCGUGCUUAUAGUAACGGUUUAACACCGCUUCACAUUGCUUCCCAAAACGGUCAUCAAAAAAUUGUCGAAUGCUUGACGAAAGUCGGCGCCGAAAUCAAUCGUGCUUGUAGUAAAGGUUUAACACCGCUUCACAUUGCUUCCCAAAACGGUCAUCAAAAAGUUGUCGAAUGCUUGACGAAAGUCGGCGCCGAAAUCAACCGUGCCGAUAUUGACGGUUGGACACCACUUCACAUGGCUUCCCAAAACGGUCCCGAAAAAGUUGUCGAAUACUUGACAUCAGUCGGCGCCGAAAUCAAUCGUGCUUGUAGUAACGGUUUAACACCGCUUCACAUUGCUUCCCAAAACGGUCAUCAAAAAGUUGUCGAAUGCUUGACGAGAGUCGGCGCCGAAAUCAAUCGCGUUACGAAUGACGGUGCGACACCACUUUACAUAGCUUCCGAAACAGGUCACGAAAAAGUUGUCGAAUACUUGACAGAAGUCGGUGCCGAAAUCAAUAGCGCUACGAUUCACAGUGUGACACCACUUUACGUAGCUUCCUUCAAGGGUCACGAAAAAGUAGUAGAAAACUUGACAAAAGUCGACGCCAAAAUCAAUCAUGCUGAUAGUGACGGUUUCACACCACUUUACGUAGCCUCCCUAAACGGCCACGAAAAAGUUGUCGAAUACUUGGCGACAGUCGGCGCCGAAAUCAAUCGCGCUACGAAUGACGGUGCAACACCACUUUACGUAGCUUCUUCCAAUGGCCAUGAAAAAAUUGUCGAAUACUUGGCAACAGCCGGCGCCGAAAUCAAUCUCGCUAUGAAUGACGUUGCAACACCACUUUACGUAGCUUCCUUCAAUGGUCACGAAAAAAUUGUCGAAUAUUUGAAGACAGUCGGCGCCGACAUCAAUCGUGUUACUCAUGGCGGUUUCACACCACUUUACGCAGCCUCCCUUAAAGGCCACGAAAAAAUUGUCGAAUACUUGACGACAGUCGGCGCCGACAUCAAUCGUGUUGCUAAUGGCGGUUUCACACCACUUUACGUAGCCUCCCUAACAGGCCAGGAAAAAAUUGUCGAAAAGUUGACGACAGUCGGCGCCGAAAUCAAUCGCGCUACCGAUAACGGUGUGACACCACUUCACGUAGCUUCCUUCAACGGUCACGAAAAAGUUGUCGAAUACUUGGUGACAGUCGGUGCUGACAUCAAUCGCGCUGAUGAUAAUGGUCAGACAUCUCUUCACAUAGCUUCCCAAAAAGCGCACCAAGGAAUUGUAGAAUUGUUAACAAAAGCCGGCGCCCAAACCAAUUAACUUCCGUUUUGAAAGGAAUGUAGUACGCAAUAUUUUAUGAUUGAUAUUUAAAAAUUUCGCUCCAUAAUAAGUGAGUCAUUUCCGUUUUUACAUCGAGAAGAUUUUGAGAAGAAAAUUUGUUAUCUUUCUCACAUACACUUACGAAUUUCUUGAAGUUAUUAUCGUAGGUCUGAAAACAAUUAAGGGUCUUGUCGUUUAUUUUUGAAAACAGAAACUCGUGUAAUGAAAAUUUUAGCACCCUCAAUCCGUAAAUCGUAUUCAGUAUUUUGCUCCUCGUUAACUUAUAAUAUCGUGAAAGCUUAGGUUAAUAAGUUGACUACUACAGCAACUGAUAUAAACGUGUUCAAAUACUUACCACCCUUUUAAAAACUGUAUCUCAGUAUAAACUUACAAUACAACACUCCAGUAUUAAUUUCGAAAACAGAUUUUGUCAUAUAUUUAUUACCUACAAGCACAGUCUAAUGAAACUGUAAUUCAGAAACUGUCAAAAAUUUUACUUGUCAAAACGGUGUGGAAUAAGUCAUCUUAAAAAAAAAUGAAACUGAAAUAGCAGUCUGCGAAAAAUCUAAUCGAAAAGACCACAAAACCCAAAAAAGUGCAAUCCCAUUCUAAUUUCACAAUCUAUAAUUACAUUAUUUCAAAAUUCUUCUACAUCACUAUAUCACGUUUGAUUUGUUCUUUGCUGAUAAGUUAAAUUCAAACUUAUUUUAGUUUUUAUUUAAAAAAAAAAGUGGGAAAAGUUAUCAAUGUCACACAUUUGCAACAACAAAUUAAAUAAGAUUUUAUGAAAAGUAAUCAGGAUUGUGUUUUCUCUUUCACUAAAUAAACCAAAAGCGAUGUAUGGUACCGUUUAGUAUUUCUUAAAAAAUGGCUCAAUCGAUUUGUAACAAAACUGAGACGAAGAAAAUAACAAACACAUGCCUUCAAGAACAUCUUAAAUCGUUAGUAGGAAAGGCAUCCACGUACAAAGUGCUAUUAUAAAAUGCAUCACAAAUAGAGCGAAAUAAAGAAGCAUAUAUGAAAUUUGCAUUUAUUAAUAGGAAUUGGUGAAAUCGUUUUAAAUAUCAAGAGGGUAAUACCUGAAUCAUUACUUUUUGAGUCAGUUUAUUAUGCUGUUGUCUUCCUGCGAAUUACAAACCAACUACCGGAAACUGACCAAGUACAUAAUGUAGCAAUCAAUAUACUAUCUUUAAGCUUUUUUUUUUUGUCCUAAAUUAUUAUUAGUUGAUUAUAUUCAAAGUAACGUAAGCCUUCUUUUGUAUUCUAUAAAAUCUAUGAAACAA